AUGGACAUCUCCCGCAUCAUCAAGCCCUGGAAGCUCGAUCCUCAAAGAAACUUGGUCUUCGUGAACGCAACUAUUGUUGAUCCAGCCCAGGGCAAGUUGAUCCAUGAUGCUACAGUCCGAAUCUCAGAAGGCAAGAUCCUUCAAAUAGUCACAGAUGGGUCAUACGCAGCCACCAAAGACGGCUCAGAAGAGACCGUGAUCGACCUGACCGGGAAAUACCUAUGUCCUGGACUGAUCGACUGCCACGUCCACAUCGCCGUGGUCCCAGGUGAAGCCGACCUCCGAGCCUACAAAGGCAUGUCCGAGCGAUUUAGUCUUCUACGACAGCCACAUGUGCUCAAAUCCAUGCUCGACCGCGGCUUCACCUCAAUCCGGGACUGCGGGGGCGCAGGCCUAGCAAUGAAAGAGGCCAUCGAGGACGGCGUCGUUCCAGGUCCCCGUCUCUUCAUCGCCGGAAAUGCACUCUCCCAAACUGGCGGCCACGGCGACAUGCGCGGGCCCCAUGACUCACAGCUCUGCUGUGGUGGCUCCAUAUCUGGAAUCAGCAGGAUCGUUGACGGUCCCGCGGAGUGCUAUAAAUAUGCACGCGAGGAGCUGCGCCAGGGUGCAGACUUUAUCAAGAUCAUGGGUGGCGGGGGUGUGGCUAGUCCCACAGACCAUAUUGAUCAUGUGCAGUUCUCGGAUGAGGAGAUCAGGGCUAUUGUUACUGUUGCGCGGAACGCGGGCACGUAUGUUACGAGCCAUUGCUAUACACCGCAGGCAAUUCAACAGGCUAUCAAGCUUGGAGUGCGUGGCAUUGAGCAUGGGAAUCUGAUUGAUCUUGAGACGGCGAAGAUGAUGGCUGAGAGGGAUGUAUUCUUGACUCCGACGUUCAUUGCACAUGUCAUGUGCAAGGAGAUGAAUUUCCUUCCGGCUGCCAGUGCUGCUAAGAAUGAUAAGCUGCUUGAGAAGGGAUUGAAGGGGAUAAAGAUGGCUGUUGAUGCUGGUGUCACUGUUUGCUUUGGGACUGAUCUUCUUGGUCCGAUGCAUUUUGCUCAGAGCAAGGAGUUCGCAGUGCGUAGUUCUGUUUUGACUCCGUUGCAGAUUCUGCGCAGUGCUACUGUCAAUGCUGCCCGUCUUGUCAUGCAGGAGGAUACACUGGGUCAGGUUCGUGAGGGGUUUGUGGCGGAUUUAUUGAUCCUAAACGAGAAUCCUUUGGAGGAUAUCACGAUUCUGGAUAGAGUGGAGGAGCACAUCCUGGCUGUGAUUAAGGAUGGGAGGGUCGCUACUUCACGAUGGGACAGCAUUCAUGUGGAUCUUUGA